UUGCAGGGCGGCGAAUUCGUGUUGAACAUGCCCGACCCUUUGAGGAGCGACGUCGACUGCAGGUUGAGGGGUCACGAAGGUCAUCACAUCGCUCCAGGAAGCCAUCUUGAGACACAAACACACUAUUAAGAAAACACACUGACAGUCCUCAAGAGCUAUCCCACUAACGAGGGUACAAACCACUCAAUCAAAGACUAACUAGCAACAGUCGAAACACGCUUAGUGAGAUGGGAACAGAGAUUACUUGAUGACCGCCUUGUACCCUAAUGACGUUUAUAUACACUCUGGACUGUACUCCAUCUGUCCUCUACAAUCGGCCACAAUCACUUACAAUUCGAACACAUGCGACAAUCGAGACAGAAUUCCCAGGCUGGAACUAGCUCACUGCCUGCUUCCCGCAGCGUCCCUGGGAUAUGACUGCGUGCACACUUGCACAAGGUCAAGGUCAAGGGAUAAACAUAGCUCAAAGUCAAGAGAUCGCAGAAAGCACAGGUCUCGAUCAAGAGACAAAAGGAGGAAGUCUAGGUCAAGGUCGGGCUCAAAGUCCAAAAAAUCCAGAAAGUCAAGAAAGUCCAAGUCCCGAUCAAGGUCAAGAUCUGGUGGUAGGUCGAAAUCACAUGAAAAGAGAACUUCCUCAAGACAGUCACCUUCUCCUGAAAAGUCCACUGUUGCCAGCAAAAAGGAAAACGGACAUGAUGAAAAGGGGAAAUCCAGGGAACGAUCAAUGGAAAAAUCAAGGGAAAAAUCAAGGAAAGAAUCGAGGAGUAUUUCUCCAGCAGACACCAAAGUACACAAUGUUGAGAAAUGUGAAAUAGAUUGUGGUCUCACAGAACAGGAAACCAAAAAAAGACAGAAAUCUGAGGAAAGAAAUGGUGUAACAAAAGAUGGUUCAGAUGAUAACACAGGCUCAAAAAGAAAAAGGAAAAACUUGGAAGUAGAAAUGAACGAAGACAGUGAAUAAGUCUGGCUGUUUUGAGAUUUUUUACCGGUGAUGGAUUUUUGCAUGACAUAUCAGAUGUUGGAAUAAGAAAGUAUUAGAACCAAAUAAUAAAUAUAGUUCUAUGCUUGUCUGUUUUUCGCAGAAAGAAUGUCGAGGUAUUGCCAUAGCCUUGCCAUCAGCAUAAUCAGCAAAAACAUUUAGAUUGACCAUAACUGAAAAAAAAAGAUGUUUAUAAUAUUUGAAUGAAACUUGGUGCACAUGUUACCAGUGACAAUUUGCUCAUAUACAGCAAAGUCCUUCAAUAAAUUAUACUUAAAUAAUUGUUAAGGUAUUUUAACUAAAAUCAGCAGACGAGUUUUGGCUCGGCAGUGCUCUUGUUUUAAGAAGAAAGGAUAGUUGUUGUUUUUUAUAAAAAUAUUACAUAUUCUAUUUUACAGAGUAUAUUAAUACUUGUAUCAGGCAUACCAAGUGUGUCUUUCUUUUUAAACCAAAAAAUAUAUAUAAGCAAUGCUUAAUAUGAUCUGCUGACUAGUGCUGUAUGUUUGAUAAUACUGUAAAAGGCAGCUGAAAUGAGGUUUAGACAAUCGGAUACGUUUAUGAUUAUAUAUUCUUUAUUCAUGUUUGAUAUUAGUUGAUUUUGAUUAUCAUCAAUUUAUGUAAACUACAUGUUUGCAACUUUGUAAACCAGGUAGCAGUUUUGGGUAGUAAAGAUGCAAAAAUAUCCUUAAUUAGUCACUAACAUUUUUGGUUUAAACAUCAUAAUGAGAAAGACAAUUUCAUUUUAUUCUGCUAGUUUAUUAUAUCUCAUGGGUGAUUUCAUUUCAAAGCCUGAAAGGUUGCUUUCUUAAGUUAGUUAUUGUGUUGUUGUUGUUUUUUUAAAACAUUUGUAUAUCUUUCAUUAUUGUAAAUGCAAUAUCUACUACUCACUUUCAUGCACAUAUGAAAGGAAAUGUUUAAGACUUACCGUAUUAAAAUAAUAAUUUUAAAUAUAGAUCCCUGCCUUUUUAACCAGGUUUUUAACAAAUACCAGGUUAUUGGAAUGCGGAUGUCGUUGGACGGCAGGUGGGUGCUUGUCAAACAUUGGUUUCUGCCCAAUAACUUAAGUCAGCAUUGAUGGAUAGUAACUAAAGUUGGUGUUUAGAUAGCUUAUGUGAAGACCUAGCUUGGGUUUGCUUUUAAAGGGGUAGAGUAAACUUCAAGGUCACUGUUACAUAAAGUAGUAAUAUGGUUUCUGCCCAAUAACUUAAGGAAGAAUUGAUGGAUAGCGAUGAAAGUUGAUGGGUAUGUAGCUUAUGUGAAGAGCUAGCUUGGGAUUGCUUUUAAGGGGAUCGAGUCAAGGUCAAGGUCACUUUUACUCUAAAUGGAAAAAUGGUUUCCAUCCAUUCAAGUAAGAAUUGGUGGAAAGUAUUGAAAGUUGGUGUGUAGAUAGCUGAGGUGGCGUGCUAGCUUGGGAUUGCUAUUGAGGUGGUCAAGGUCACUUAAUUACUAACAAUUACUUCAGUUAAUAUUGAUGGAUAGUAAAUAAUGCUGGUGUGUGGGUAGCUUAUGUGAAGAGUUAGCUUGGGAUUGCUUUUGAGGGGUGUGGGGCCGAGUUUUAUGUCACUGUUACUUAAAGUAGAAAAAUGGUUUCUGUCCAACAACUUUAGUUAGAAUUGAUGGAUAGUCAUGAAAGCUUGUGUGUUAGAAGCUAAUGUGCAACUCCAGUUUGGAAUUUCUUUUGAGGGGCUGGGCCAAGGUCAAGAUCACUCUAACUGAAAAUAGUAAAAUGGUUUCAGCCCAUUUACUUUUAGCUGCUUUUUUUCCAAACUCAUACAAGAAAUUAAUUUGCUAUAAUUUCUGAUUGCCCAUAUUAAUAACCUGGUUGCGUUGCAUUUGCAGUGUUUCUAGUUGUUUAUAAAACAUUCCUUCUAGCAUUAUAUGAUCAUUUGUACACAUAACUCAUUACAACAAUAUAUAUUCAAUACCUAAAAUCCAAUUUCAUUUUAACAAAGACUAAAAAUUGCUUAUAUUUUGUACUUAAAUUAAUUAAACAACAACAGUUUUCAGUGCUUUUUACUAAUAUUUUUUACAUACGUACUGAAAAUGAGUAAAUGAAAAUAUGAUUUUGAUAUAAGCAUUGUCUACCAGGUUUAUGAAUUUAUAACUAUCUUUUAUAGCAUAAUGAUUUUAAGAUGAAUCAAAUUUACUAUUGCACUAGUUUGAAAAAUAUUGUCAUGUUAAAAUUAUGAAUGAGAUUGCUGUGUCUAUGUACUGGUUAGGAGCCACUUUUUAGCCCUUACCAAAAAAUCCCCCGACCUAUAAAAUACUUGUUCAGCAACUCCAGUAUGAUUGUUUUUCAUACAUAUUAUAUUUUGUGGUCAAAUGAUGCACAAAUAUUUUUCUGAAAGUAGCAAUUAAUCAGCAAAAUUGAAAUUGCACCAGGUUGCAUCAUACUUCUUCCAGCUGGGACUCAUUGAGUUUUACCACUUAACAAAAUGGAAAAUGUGAGUGAAUUAUUUGCUCAGUAAACUGUCAUUUCAGUGAAGGUUACUGAGUAGGUUUGGCACAGGAGUUCAUUCUGAAAAUAAGCAUUCAUAAUAAAUAUUAUACUGAUUUUUUAAAUCAGGGGUUCAAGAAAAAUCGCCAUGGCCGCGAAGCAAGGGGUUCCGCACGAUUUAAAAAAUAAAAAAAAAUGGGGGGAAAGUGGUUCCAAACCAGUACUGUCUCUUGUAUUGAAUCUUAUUCUAUGUUUGAUAUUUUAAAACAUUCCACUCAUGAUUUGUAUUUUAUUGCCAUGGAUGUAGUGUAUUCGGUGUAACGUUAAACUUUUAGUGUGAAAUGUAUUUUCUUUACAUCAGUGUUUUGUUGUUCAGAUUCUAUGUCUCUUUUAUGUUGUUAAAUGCAUGUAUUUUAAUCCCUGAUUUCAACAGUUUAACUGUGAAGUGCUUUGUUCUUGCUUUAUUUAUUUUGUUUUAAUUUCUUUGAUAGAAUACUGUCAAACAACAUUCUGUUUUCAUUCCAGCAAAGUGUUAUAUGUUCGUUAUUGUGUACCAUCGUUUUAAAUUCAUACAUGCAAAGAUAUUUUACAUAUUUAAUUAUGCUCAAAGCCUCAACUCUUAUUUAAAGAACUUAUGCUAUUUAAUAACGAGUAAGUACUAAUGUGAUUUUCAUUAAUUGCUCUUUUAAAGUAAGUUACAUGUGUGGGAUUCCUUAGGGUAGGUAGCUACCAUGGUGCAUAUUUGUAUCAGAUGAACAUUUGUACUCAAUCACUUGCAUUGGAAUAUCACCUAGCUAUUGUUGUUCAUUAGAUGUACUAGAAGGAAAUCUGGCCGAAUAUACAUUACUUAGCUGGUCAGUUAAAAAAGCUCAAAAAGAGCUUACAUGUAUCCUAUCUUGCCCUGCUGACUUAUUUCGAUGCCAUUCAUGAUUGUGAUAUAGAUAUUUAAGAAAUCCUGUUUUAUGUUUAAGAGAUUUAUAUUGUUUUUGGGGUUUGUUUUUAGUCUGUCUAUUUUUGCAAACUAAGAAGUCGAGGUAUUGUGAUGGCGCCCGUGUCGUGUGUGUCCAGGUCUUCCGCAUGUAAAAACUUGAACCAUGGCCAUAACUCAAAAACCGUUGAAGAUGUCCAAGUAAAACUUACCGUAGUACAUGUAUGGUCAGAGACAAUGGACAGGGGUGUUGCAAUAAUACUUAUGCCCUAUUCCGACUGAAAACAACAGUAACAGACGGGAGUUGACGCCCGCUUGUGGUACUCUUGUUCUCACCUGAAUGCACUUUGGUUAAGUUGGGGAUACAGUUAAGAUUGUCUAUCGUUAAAUAUGUACUCAUUUUAUUAACAAAUCUCUAUAUUAAAUGGUAAAAUGUUAAAA